AUGACGAAGAGGAAACGAAAAAACGCCACCCCAUCAGCACCGAUGAAGAAAAGGGCGCGGGUAGAAGAAAAUGAAGAUGAGAGCGAGGAAGAUUGCGAUGAUGGAGCGUUCGUGUGCGUGUUUGAGGGGUGCGGCAAGAGCUUCAACCGCGAAGGCAAGCUGGCGGACCACCUACGCACCCACACCGGCGAGCGGAUGCGACAAGCGAUUCACGCGCAGUCACCACCUGAAGCGCCACGAGCUGUCGCACACGGGCGCUAA